GCCGUUGGUAAAGUUAUAUUUUUAUAUAAUAUUUACUUUUGAUUCAAUAUGUUACCACAAUUAUUAUUUUAUGGAUCAUUUAUCAUUAUACAGGUUAUGUGUGGUAUAUACGAUUUAGAAAUUUCAAGUUUAAAAGAUAAAUCAGCUUUACAAUUAAAACGAGACAUUUAUGACAUUUCUGUAUCAGCAGAAUCAAUAGACAAUAUUCAAAUAAAUAACGAAAGUAAAAAUUCUAAUGAGUUUUAUGAUUCUCCGAUAAUUUUUUCAGAAAAAGCGCCAAUUACAAUUAAUUUCAAAAUGAAACCAAAAAGUACAAGUUCUAUUUUUCGUUCAAAAAAUUCAAACCCAAUAGUUUUAUCUAAUGGAGGAACAGUUGUUGUUAAUUAUGACUAUAAAAACACAGGUACACACGUAAUCUCAUCUGCAACAAAUCCUAGUGAUAGAAAUCCUGUAUGUAUACUAGCUAAAGUAAUGGUUGAGAUGCCAAGCGGCAUAAUAAUGUCUUAUUUAAAAUUUAAAACAAUUAGUUGUUAUUUACCAGAAGAAUUGAAGUCUGACGUAUCGGUUUUGAUCGACGAUGAAAAAAUGUCUUAUAAACAAUUUGAAGAGAUGCUACGAUUAAAUAAUUGUAAUGAUAUGGAAGACAAUGAAAGCUGUUGUAGCUUAGAUGAAGACUAUAUUACACUUAAUGAUGGAACAGAAGUUAACUUAGACGUAUAUAGUAAAAUAUUAACUAGUAUAUCUAAUGGAUCUGAAACACUAAUGAUUCCAAAUGUCUUUAAUGGUUUAUAUUCAACUUAUGCUAUAUUAUUGGCAACAAAGUUACCAGAACUGACUGAAUCUGCAAUUGUUAUAACUUCAUCGGGAUAUAGAGUUCCAUUUAAUUUGUAUUAUGCUGUUGAUAAAGAAAAUUUUCAAAGGUCGUCAAAUAAUCAGGACAUUAAACAAAUUUGCUGGCAUGAUGGUACAACUGUAAAUGUUCAGACAAUUAGAAACAUAAUAAAUGCUUUAAAAAACCCUGAAAGUAUUAAUUAUGUAUUUCCAAAUGGUAAAAAAUUACCAUUUAUUCCAAAAGAUAAUGAAGAGUGUUGGCAAUUUCAUAACAUCAAUCCAGCUGAAGUUCAAGUAGAUAUUUGUCGUUACAGACAUGUACCAUUACUAAUUUUUAAUGACAUCGUAGCAGCUGUUCAUAUUCCAGAUAUAACUAUCAAAGAGCAACCUUCAACGUGUUAUCCAGAUCCUGAUACCAUCUAACUAAAAUAUUAUUUCUAUUAUCCAUAUUAUUGUUUUUUUUUCAUUUUUAAGCUAUACUUAAUUAAACUUUUGUUUUUAAUGUAUAUUUUUGUACAUAGAUUUUAAAUUAUUAUUAAUAAAGUUGUACAUGUUAAAUUUAACAUUCACCUAAUAAUU